AUGAACGUACAUCUCGUGGAAUCUGACGACCAAGACAAGUUCGACACGUCUGGGCUCUUCCUUCCAGAUUUUCAGCAGAAACGUCAGGACCACGACUACAACCAGGGUGUCGCUUUGCUGUCGAGCCCCAGUGUCGUCGACAGCUGCGAUAGCGUGCACGACGCUAACGACGUCGACGACGUCGAUGAUGGAUGCAUCGUGUGCAAACAGCCUACCUUGAGAACAUGCGCCCUCUGCAACGACGUCAUGAUCUGUAGCAUGGACUGUCAGCAAAUCGCCGUUAUCGAUGACGUUAACUCUGAUCACUUCGAUAUGUGCGUCGCCGAGACUUCCGCCGAUACUCUCUACAAGGAUGUUCUAAGCAACAGAAUUCCCAGAGACACUGAGACCUUCCGCGACUACCAAUUCUACUGGCUCUCCAGCUUUAUCGAUUGCCGGAAGCUUCUCAAGAUGUACACGACUAUUAUUCGCGAGAUGGACGUCACACCCCACGAGAUGAAGAUAUGGGUCAAGGAGCACAAGCUGUUUGAGCGCAUCGCCAUGCUAUUUCUCUCCCGUCCAGACCUGAUCAUUCUCGAUGAUCUCAAGUGGCUCAAGAGAACUCAUCUAUGGGCCGCUGGAUUUAGCAACACGGCGCGGGGCAUUUUCGAGGAUGUGAUCGCUCGCAAGCAAGAGAAGCUCCAGUCGGACUGA